AUGAUCAUAUCCAUUCUUUUCACAACCAUUUUUGCCGCGAUUUUGACCGUCCAAGGCCAACAAUUCGAUGGCUACAUAUACCCUCAUGACUUACUUGGGCUAAGCCAUGGCUGCUUUGAGGUUGUGAACAGAACUGUGUCGUCUUGUCCUGCAUGGCUACCGAGAUAUGUCGGUUUAGAGGGAGCAAGUGUUGAGAUUCUUCCCAGAGAGCAGCUUACUAUGUUGUGCGAGAGCUCCUGCCAGAAUGACUUGCGAAGUCUAAGAACUUCUAUCCUAAAAGCAUGCACGGCAUCUUCCGAUGUGAUGGUUCCGAACAAAUUCGCCUAUCCAGCAACUUUCCUGGUUGACCGUUUUCUCUACGCGGCGAGUCUAUCGUGUCUGAAAGAUAAGGCUUCUGGAAAGUAUUGCGACCUGGUUGUGUCUGAUUGGAUCAACCAGCCGAACUACACGAGCUCUCAGACGUGUUCUCAGUGCGAGCUGGGCGUACAGCAGAUACAGCUGGCAUCGCCGUUUGGGUUCAGCGACACGCUCGCUGAGGCUUUUGCAGAUAUAACGAAGAGCUGCAGUGCGGCAAAUUAUGGAUUUGCUACGCCAACAUCUUAUGCACUUAAUGCUACCACGUUCCCCUCUCCACCUGCCUGUACAGGAUCAUCAUAUACAAUCAAACAGGAUGACUCGUGCGUCACCAUCUCGGCAGCCAAUGGCAUGUCGACAUACCAGCUGAUCACCAAGAAUAACCUCAACCUCGGAUGCGACAAUCUCCCUGCUGUGGGCCAAUCGCUCUGUCUGCCCACCGGAAGUACAUGCCGUACUUAUCAGCUGGAUCUCUAUGACACCUGCGAAACUCUGAUGAUGAGUUGGAAUGCAACCCUUGCUCAAGUCCUGGCAUGGAACCCAAUGAUCAACUCGGCCUGUUCUAACCUGGCAUCGUGGAGAGGCUGGUACCUUUGUUCGAGCUCUCCAUCGGGGACAGUCAAUGUCGGUUCGGGCAACGCCGUGACGACCCCAGCCCCGGUGCCGUCGAAUGCACAGGGCCAAUCAAAUACUAGGUGCGGACAGUGGUACUACGUCGAGGCCGGUGACUUUUGCUCUUCAAUAUUGCUAAAGUUCAGCCUAACCCUGUCGGACUUUUACUUCCUCAACCCCCAAGUGGAUUCACGCUGCAGCAAUCUGUGGGCCAACACGUCUUACUGCGUCAAGCCUGUAGGAAACAUUGAGACCUACUCUGGAUACACGAUUACUACGGCGGCAACCACAUUCACGCGUCCAGAAACCGCAACUGACUUCGUGCCCAGCCCAGUCCGGACAGCUACCUUGCAGCCCAAGGCCUCCGGCACUAUCAGUGACUGCUACGAGUAUGAGAACGCGUUUGACGCCACUUCCAAGCUAAAGAAUCUGUCCGCGGCAAAUUCGUGCUGUAGUUGGGCACAAUAUGCCAACGUCACUGUUGAGCAACUGUUGGAGUGGAAUCCCAGCCUAUCGGGAAACUCCGCGUACGGCCUUCCGUUGCACCUUUACCUUGUCUUCUGCUCCAUGCGUUGCAUGUCUACUGACGGCGUUGCUUACUUUCUAGCAACUGUGGCGCUGCCAUACGACUAUUGCGCACCUGUGAACCGCACGCGCAUACCAGCCUCGUCAGUUCAGCCAUCGGGCUGUAGCUGCUACACAAACUUCCGCAUCCAGGACAAACGCAACUUCAACUGCUCCAUGGUUCCCGAUCUGUUCGGCAUAACGGUUGCGGAACUAACCAGACUGAAUCCCUGGAUUGGAUCCAACUGCGAUACUGGUAUUUGGAGCAAGAUGACCUCAGAUGGUUACGAGCAAGUUUGCGUCUUGAGAUCCGGCGCGCAGCCUACCGGCUCGUAACAACCACAACGCGCGUAAUUCCAACAACAACAACAACCGUCGAAACUACUCCGCCCGGCUCCUAAGCGUCCAAGGCUUACAAGAAGUGACACACAGCUAUUAUUGGAGACGAGUUUUGGAGAUUUGAUAAUACGGCGGGUAUC